GGUGUUAUAGUUCCCAUUGGGGGGCGGCGCACCCCGCUCGGCUUGGGGCCGAGCCCGCAGACGGGAUCAUAUGUUUGGUCAACGUGUUCGGCGGUUUGAUGUUCUGGUGCAUGGUUUUUGUGUGAAGCUGGGCCGUUCACAGUGGAAAGUGUCACCGCUAAUCUGUCAAUCUCACAGCAGUCCUUCCUUGUCAUCGCCUAGGAUUGCCUACUCCGUCUCGCCGUGUUCCAGUUUUGCUCAAGCAAUUUUGCACUGAUAUCGGAGGCAGUAUGGCGAUACAUCUUGCCCUCAUAUUUGCUGUUCUUGCUUGCGGAACGGCCACUCAUCUUCCGGAUGGUGUUUCGGAGGAGUUCAAGCAGUGGGCCAAGGUUUAUGAGAAAGAGUACGAAACUGAAGAUGAGGGCCUACGACGUUUCGGUAUCUUUUCGGCAAACCGCAAUUUCGUGAAUGCACACAACAUCCAGGCAGCCGCUGGUGUCCACACAUUCACAACAAAGCUGAACGCAUUUGCUGACAUGACCGUGGAGGAAUACCGCCAGACUAUGCUGGGACUGCGCCCAGUCGCUCGCGAGGACACCACCGUCGCAAGUUUCCCUGGCACUUCAUCGAAGGAUGCUCCAGCGACUUGGGAUUGGCGACAGAAGGGCGUAGUCACCCCGGUGAAGGAUCAAGCUAACUGCGGGAGCUGCUGGGCUUUCUCUGCCGUGGCGGCUAUGGAGGGAGCUUUCAACUUGCAGAGCAAUGGCACGGUCCCGGCAGCUUGCUCGAAGUACACAUGUGGCCCGAACAAGACACCUUGCUGCUCCUUCAGUGAGCAGGAGCUCGUGGAUUGCGUCAAUCUCGGCAAAGACAACUGUAAAGUUGGUGGCGAGAUGCACGAUGGGGUCAUGGAAAUCGUGAAGCAGAUGAAUGGCGUAUUUGACACUGAGAAUCAAUAUCCUUACACUAGCGGCGGUGGCACAUCCGAGGGACAAUGCCACGCCAAGGCUGGAGGUGUUCCGACUGGCAUCAGUGGCUACACGCAGGUGGCCCGUGGUGACGAGAAGGCGCUCAUGAUGGCAGCUUGGAAGCAGCCAGUCCUUGCUAUUGGUAUCGAUGCGUCCCAGCAGAGCUUCCAGUUCUACAACGAGGGCGUGUACGUCGAGCGGAAGUGCAAGAACAAAGUGGCUGAGCUUGAUCAUGGAGUGGCACUUGUGGGUUAUGGAGUCUACACUGGCCCCUCGCCAGCCCCUGGCCCUCCUGGGCCGCCGCAGCCUGGCCCUGCCGAUUGCGUCGACAACAGAGAUGCUAAAUCUUGUACAUCGGAGACUGGUUGCCAUUGGUGCCAGGAUGUUCAGUUCUGCAUGUCCUUCCCCUGUGAUCAAGUGCCAACAGUCGCCGCACCUGCCAACACGACGGGCACUCCUUACUGGAUUGUCAAGAACUCUUGGAAUACCGACUGGGGAAUGGACGGGUACAUUUUGAUGGCCAAAGACAAGGAUAACCAGUGCGGUGUGUCUUCCGAUGCUAUCUUCGCCAACAUCGGUUCGCAGGAUGCUGUCUCAUCCGUCCUAGUGGUCUAGUCCCCAUUUAGUUCAUGCGAGUGUCAAGUUCAGGCAGUCGGCGAAUUUUGAGAUGGGAGGCAUGGGCCCCCAUUCAGCCCUAGUGCAUGCGAGUGUACAGGUUCCUGCUUCUCCCUUUCCCCCUUUUGGCCGUAGAUGGGGCACAGCUGCCGAUGCUAUCAGAAAAUGGGCUCGGCAAUGAUCAGGGGAAUGGUC